GUGAAUGUGAACAUCCUGGAGGCUCAGAAGCUGGUUGGAGUGAACAUCAACCCUGCAGUUUUCAUCAGAGUGGGAGGUCAGAAAAAACACACCGUGACGCAGAAAUCCACAAACUGCCCCUUCUACAACGAGAACUUCCAGUUUGAGUUUCAAGAGACUCCUCAGAUCCUCUUUGAUAAAGUCAUAGAGAUAAAGGUGUUCCACAGACGGACUCUGGCCUUCCUGCUGACCCACAUAGGAACCUUUAAGAUCGACAUCUCCACCGUGUACAACCAGCCAGACCACCGCUUCUACCAGAAGUGGGCUCCUCUCACCGACCCGGCCGACACCAGGUCAGGGAUCAAGGGUUACGUCAAGGCCAGCCUCAGCGUGCUGAUGAAGGGAGACGCUCUGAGCAUGCCCAGUCUGCCACCGUCCUCCACGUCCGGGUCCAGCGAGGACAUAGAAAAGAACCUGCUGCUUCCUCGCGGCAUGGCCGUCGAGCGUCCGUGGGCUCGUUUCCGUGUCCGUGUCUACAGAGCCGAGGGUCUGCCUACGAUGGAGGCGGGACUGAUGGCCAAGAUGUCGAAGGUCACUGACCGGACGGUCUUCAUUGAUCCCUACGUACAGGUGAUCUUCGCUGGACAACAG